AUGUCUGCCUCCGCGGAGACCUCCUCGAUUCGCCUCGCUCUCGUGACCGGAGGUGGAAGCGGCAUCGGAAAGAGCGUCUGCCAUGCCCUUGCCAGCGAAGGGACUUGCGUGCUCGUGGCGGACAUCAACUUGGACGGCGCAACCGCUACUGCUACGUCUCUGCCAGGCAUUCACCAACAUCGUGCCUUUAAGGUGGACGUCGGAUGCUCGACAUCGGUGAAUUCACUCUUCGAGAGUGUUCGGAGUACCUGCGGCCGCGCGCCAAACAUCGUGGUGCACUGCGCCGGAAUCCCUAGCUUGGCAAACCCCCUCGUCCACACCAGCGAGGAGGACUUCGAUGAGACCAUCCGGAUCAACCUCAAGGGGACUUUCCUGAUGACCCAAGCGGCCGGCCGAGCCAUGAUCGCCGAGCGAAUCACCGACGGAGCCAUCGUGAACAUGUCGAGCAUGAUGGCGAAGAUAAUCCACAAGCGCGGGAGCGCGUACUCGACCUCCAAGGCGGGGGUCGUGGCGCUCACCAAGGUUGCCGCCAAAGAGCUGGCUUCCCACGGCAUUCGCGUCAACGCGGUGCAGCCGAGUAUUGUGGAAACCCCGAUGGUCCUCUCAAACAGCAACGCCGCCGAGCGUCUGGCCCAGGCCGCGACAAACAUUCCCCUGGGAAGGCCCGGUCUUCCGGAAGACGUGGCCAAAGUCGUCAAGUUUUUGUGCGGCUCCGGAAGCAGCUUUAUGACCGGCUCGGUCGUUGACGUGGCUGGCGGCUUGUGA